CUUCAUACCGGAUCUUCGGUCUCUGAUAAGGAAUGAACCCGGGGGCAAAAACAGCAACCAUACUUUAUUAGCACUAUGUGUUAAUGACUAUAUAGAGAGUCUCUUGCCCGGAGAUCCAGCCAAGGCACGCAAAGUAAAAGCUUCUGAUUUCCCACUAUUAGCCUGUCUUUGGUGGCCACAUACAUCAUUCAGAAAGCUGCGUGUCUUGGCAUUUCUAGCUGUAUGGUUGAUUGUCUGGGACGAUGAACUGGAUGGGGCAUCCCAGUCGACGGCGUACAACCUGAAUAUGGGUCAGCAGUUUCGGGACGAGACGCGUCAGUAUAUCGGUAGCAGUCUGGAAUUGAAAUCGAAACAAUGUGAUCAUAUUACCGACAAUACCAUCAUUUGCGGGUUUAGUCCAAUAGCAGAUUUCAUCCGAGAGGAGUAUGACGAAGAACAUAGGCUCACAUUGGCAGAAGAGAUCAUGUUUGUCAUCGACAUGUCCAAGGUUGAACAGGAAAAUCGUCUUGGAACCGAUAUACCGUCAACCGACCAAUACCUGGCGUACCGGCUCGGAACAAACUUGAUGGGGGUGAUAUGCGCUGCAACAGAGCUCUCCACGCACCUGCGAAUCCCCCGGUCAAUGACACGUAGUCCGUUGGUGAAGGACAUCUGGCACGAGACGAACCUUAUUAUCGCUGUCACAAAUGAUAUCCUGUCCCUCAAGAAGGAGAUUCAUAAAGGAGAAGUAUACAGCCUGAUACCUAUUCUUCUCAACCAGGCGAAAUCACCGCAAACCGCCAUCGACAUUUCGUUCCAGAUUCUCAGGGAUUCAUUUGCGGACUUGGACCGCAUUGAAGCUGAUAUUGUGGCAAGGUCUGAUCAAAUGCCUUUGAAAUUCUUGAUCGAGUCAUGCCGCCGCUACUGCGCGGGCUUUAUUAAGUGGAGUCUUGCUACUCCACGAUAUAUGCUCUCCUCUGUGCCUAUAGAUCAGACAGGUGCUAUGGUCUUGUUGUUUUAACAUAUUAUCUUCAUGAAACUGAUCGGGUGGUAUGUAACUGCACCCAAGAGUCCAGGUAAUUCAAUACGUCGGUAGAUGGCCACAUUGGAGUAUUCGAAAACAAAGAAACAAUGGCAGGAGUGUGCAAAGCAGUUGAACCCUCUUAUUAUCUUAGUGAAUUAGUCUCUUCUAUAUGCAUAUUAUGACUUUGGAGGCUUUUUCUAUCUGUACUAUGAUAUAUACUGGCAAGCUCUGGAGAGCAUGUCCAUCAAUUC